GGCGGCCGCUGCGUCCCAGCUUUCUGAUAAGGUCGUGGGCGCUACUAACCAAGGGGAAAGAUACGUAGCCCACGGUGAUGAUUAACAUAAUUAUUAGCAGCUGGCCCAUGCUUCUGCGCAGCGCUGCUGCAAGCUGCAAUGCUCUGCAUGCCCCUCUCUCUCUCUCUCUCUCCUCUUCUUUACUCGGCCCCCAUGCCUCGCCGGUUUUUUAAUCCUGCCCUCAUGAUUCAAUCUCCCCUGCCUUGCUCCCUUUUGCCGGGCCAGUCACGUGCGCUCGUCAAACCGCUGUCUCGCGGGUCAAAACGCGAGUCCUCGCACCCGCAGCUAGCUCUCGCGUCUCGCCGUUCACACAAGCUCCACCACACAGCUACACUGCUAUAAAGCCUCGUCGGCGUCGCCGGUAUUCGGCUGCUGGUGUUAGUUUUCUCGGGAGAUUGGUUCUUGGUUGGUUGCGGGCGGUGGGAUGGACCUGGGGUUGAGCCUGGGGGAGGCGCCGGCCGUGGCGGACCCCGGGAGGGCGGCGCCGGAGCUGGGUCUUGGGCUAGGCGUCGGGGUCGGGGCCGGCGCGGGUAGGCGAGAGGAGGACGGGAGGGGGAGCAGUGUGGCGGGGGCGGGGGCGGGGGCGGGGGCGGGGGCGAGGUGGUGGGAGGCGGCGUCGCCGGAGCCGGCGGUGCGGCUCAGCCUCGUGUCCGGCCUUGGGAUCCAGUGGCUGCCUUCCGGGAGCGGGCGUUCCGAGGCGUCGGCGCGCGGGUUCGACGUGAACCGGGCGCCGUCGGUGGCGGCGGCCAGCGCUUCGGCGUUGGAGGAGGACGAGGAGGACCCGGCCGCGGCGGCCUUGUCUUCGUCGCCCAACGACAGCGCGGGCUUGUUCUCGCUGGACCGAGGUCGCCGGGUCCCCGCCGAGGCCCCGGCGCAGGCCGGCAUCGAGCGGUCGUCAUCGCGCGCGAGCGACGAAGACGAGGGUGCGUCCGCGCGCAAGAAGUUGCGCCUCUCCAAGGAGCAGUCUGCGUUCCUGGAGGAGAACUUCAAGGAGCACAGCACCCUUAACCCCAAGCAGAAGGCGGCGCUGGCGAAGGAGCUCAACCUCCGGCCACGCCAAGUGGAAGUCUGGUUCCAGAACCGCCGAGCCAGGACGAAGCUGAAGCAGACGGAGGUGGACUGCGAGUACCUGAAGCGCUGCUGCGACACGCUGACGGAGGAGAACCGGCGGCUGCACAAGGAGAUCGCGGAGCUUCGCGCGCUCAAGACGGUGCAGCCAUUCUACUUGCACCUCCCGGCGACCACCCUCUCCAUGUGUCCCUCUUGCGAGCGCAUCGCCUCCAACCCCGCCACCUCCUCCUCGGCGCCCACGUCGUCUGCGCCGCCAGCCAAAGCCACCACCACCAACACCGCCGUCGCCGCACCCGCGCGGGAGCACCGACCUUCGUCGUUCGCCGCGCUGUUCGCGGCGACCCGCAGCUUCCAGCUGACGUCCUCCCAGCCGCGGCCGCCGGCGCCGGCGAGCAACUGCUUGUAAAUAGACACACGUGCGCCGUCCCUCGCCUCCGUUAGGCUGGUUCUCGUGAGAAUUUUUGGGGUUUCCAAGGCCGUCCGUCGCCGUCGCGUCGACGCCUGGGACGCGAGAAGCGGAGAUUGCUGGGAUAGAGUUAACCUUGAUUUGCUCUGUGUUUUUUUAAGAAUAUAGUGUGUUCAUGUUGUGCGAAUGAUCCAGGAUUUAAAUUUGUUUAGGGCGUGAAAGUCUGAAAUGAUGAAGUUGGGUUUUUUUUAAGCUCAGAAGCAGUGUUAUCUA